AGUGUUGUUCAUCCAAACAUCCUACCAACAAAGAAAGACCUUAACACAGUACUUCUCUUCUAUGGCAGAAUCAAUUCUGUUCACCCUUGCAGCAAAUAUUGCAACCAAGUUGGGUUCUUUCCCACUCCACGAGCUUGGAUUGUUGUGGACCGGUUUCCAUGAGGAGCUUGAUAAACUCAAAGACACUCUUUCCGCCAUCCAAGCAGUACUUCUCGACGCAGAAGAGAAGCAGUACAAGAGUUAUGCUGUGAAGGAAUGGGUUUCAAGGCUCAAAGAUGCUUUCUACGAUAUCGAUGAUUUGAUGGAUGAGUUCUCCUAUGAAUCCAUCAAAAGACAGGUUAUGAUCAAACAUAGAACUAACAACAAACAAGUACGUAUUUUCUUCUCAGAAUCUAAUCAAAUUGCAUUCCGUUUGAAGAUGGGUUAUAAAAUCAAAAGGGUCAGGGAGAAACUCGAUAUUGUUGCUAUUGAUAAAGCUCAAUUCAAUCUUUCUGAGUAUACAAGGGAGAUACGAAACGACGAAACUACGAAACGACCGGAGACUUCCUCUUUUAUACUUGAAGGAGAAGUAAUUGGUCGAGAUGAUGACAAGAAAGGUAUUGUACAUUUUCUAUUGGAUACCAACGUCGCACAGGAAAAUGUUGCUGUGGUUGCCAUUAUUGGAAUGGGAGGAUUAGGAAAGACCGCCCUUGCUCAAUCUAUCUACGGCGAUAUGAAGGAAAAUAAACAUUUUGAAUUGACAAUGUGGGUGUGUAUUUCUGAAGAAUUUGAUGUCAAAAUAAUUGUUGAAAAGAUUAUAGAGUCUCUCACGAAAAAGAGACCUGAGCCCAACCUUCAACUCGAUACGUUGCAAAAUAUGCUUCGAGAGAAAAUUGAUGGAAAAAGGUACUUGCUUGUCAUGGAUGAUGUGUGGAAUGUUAACCGAGAGAAAUGGAUUAAUCUAAAAGCGUUUCUUACUGGUGGAGCUAAAGGAAGUAGGAUUUUGAUCACAACUCGUACUCAUCAAGUUGCACAUACUUCUGAAACAGUUUUGUUCCAUCAUUUAAGUGAACUAAACAAGAACAGCUCUUGGGAGUUGUUUAGGAAAAUGGCAUUUUCUAACGAAUCAGAGGUGCUUGAAAAUUCAAAGUUAGUUAUAAUCGGAAAGGAGAUUGUGGCAAAUUUGAAAGGUUCUCCUCUUGCGUUAAGGGUAAUUGGGAGCUAUCUAUAUUCUAAAAAGACUGAAAAGGAUUGGUUGUCAUUCAAGGACAAUGAACUUGGCACAAUCAUGCAGCAGGAAAAUGAGAUUCAAUCCAUACUAAAGAUCAGUUUUAACCAACUCUCAUCCGGUUUGAAGCAAUGUUUCACCUAUUGUGCUUUGUUCCCUAAAGACUAUGAGAUUCAAAAAGAUGAUUUGAUAAAACAAUGGAUGGCACAAGGCUUCAUUCAACCACAGAAUAAGAAGACAAUGGAAGAUGUCGGUGAUGAUUAUUUCAAAGAAUUAUUGGGGAGAUCAUUUUUUCAAGACAUAAAGAAAAACAAAUGGGGAGAGAUCAAGGAGUUCAAGAUCCACGACUUCAUGCAUGAUCUUGCAUGUUCUGUUGUUGAAAAUGUAUGUGUGCUUACUAAUGAUGACACCAAGACCAUUGACAAAAGGACUCGACAUGUGUCAAUUUCGACCUUCAUCUCAAAGACAAGAUGGAAAGUCAUUACAGAAUCAUUAAAAGAGGCAAAGAAUUUGAGAACAUUGAAUUAUGCUUGCGAUAAAAUCGACCUCUCUAACCAUUUGCAGUUACGAACAUUGAAUGUGGAUUUUCUUUAUCAUGUUCCCAAGUGUAUUGGUAAGAUGAAACAUUUGAGAUAUGUUAAUCUUUCUAAUACUUGGAUUGAUUUCCUUCCGAAGUUUAUUACAAAAUUAUAUAAUUUAGAAACACUCAUCCUUCGUAACUGUCAAAGACUAAUGGGACUGCCAAGUGAUAUUAAGAAUUUGAUCAAUCUUAGGCAUCUUGAUAUUAUGCAUUGUAACUCAAAUUGUUGGAGUUCUAUGCCAAUGGGAUUGGGUUCGAUGACUAGCCUUCAGACAAUGAAUUUGUUUGUAUUGGGAGCGAAAUGGGGUGGUGAAUUAAGCGAACUGAAUGGACUUAAUAGCUUGAGAGGAUCAUUAAGAAUUAAACAAUUGCAAUUUUGCAUAACUCCUAAUUUAGAAAAUGCUAAAUACCUUGAAGAAAAGUCUGGAAUUCAGAAGUUGGAAUUACAUUGGGAUUCUUCUUAUGGAAUAGGGCGUAAUACUUUUAAUGACGAAGAUGAAAAAGUUUUAGAAUGCUUGAAACCACAUCCAAAUCUUCAAAAAAUACGCAUAGAAGGAUACAAAGGAGUGAAGUUAUGUAAUUGGUUCUCAUUUGGUUCUAUAGGUAGUUUGGUCACCAUAAAGCUAUGCGAGUGUGAAAAAUUGAAACAUCUCCCUCAAUUUGAUCAGUUUCCUUUUCUCAAGCACCUUCAUCUCGAAGAUUUACCGAAUAUUGAGUUUAUUGAUGAUAACAAUUAUGUUUCUUCUUCGUUAACAACUUUCUUUCCCUCCCUUGAGAAACUAAGCAUCAUUCAGUUGCCUAAGUUGAAAGAAUGGUGGAAAGGGGAAUUCAUUGAUCAAACUACCCCAUUUCCAACGACUUUGCAUCACCUUUCUCGAUUGAAGAUUAAUCAUUGUCCACAGUUGGGUUCUAUUCCACAACAUGGACCUUUGAGGUCAUUGGACGUAAGUGGUGUUAGUUUGCAACUUUUUGAGUUGGUCAUGGAAAUGGCUACUACGAACAUUAUUGUUGGACAAGAUUCUUCUUCUUCAACUACUAGAUCAUUAUCUUCUCUAAGUAUUUGGGACAUGGAUUUUGAGUUUUUACAAUUACAUGACUUAUUCUCCAAUAUGACACAUCUUAAGUCUCUUGUCAUAGGAAAUUGCAAGAAUAUAAAAAUGUCUUCUUCUCGUGAUGGUGUGAUAUGGAAAGAACUUGGAAGCCUUCGUAGACUUGAUUUGUGUAGCAUCCCUGAAUUGGAGUGUUUGCCAAAGGGUUUACAAUAUGUGACAACUCUCGAAUGUUUGAAACUAUAUGAUUGCCGAAAUUUGGUAUCUAUUGAAGGGAUUGAGCAUCUCACUUCAUUAUCACUGUUGGAAAUUGAAUAUUGUCCUAAUUUAAUUUCCUACCCUCAAGAAAUGGGUCAACUCACUUCACUAUCACGUUUGAGAAUCAAUGGUUGUCCCAAUUUACCUUCCUUGCCAGAAGGGCUUCGCCAUGUGACUUUCAUGUAUUAUGAGGACCUACCGACCCCAAGGUGAAGGGAAGGCAAUGAAGAAAAUGAUCCAAAACAAUUUGCAAGAGAACGAACAACACAUGAAGAAAAUAACUCACUGAUUGGGUGCCACUUUUACAGAAUAAUCUUUAUAUCUUUUCAACCAUUGUAUUGUUGUUGGUGGAGAUUUUAAGAAGGUUUUCCUAUGUAUAAAUUGUCAGUGUCUUGUAGUUGUCUAUAUUAUUAUCGACCAUGCUUGAUUCCCAGCACUUAAAUAGAUAGUUUUUUUUUUCUUAAUUCAUAUCAAUGUGUUGACUAUUGAGGAAGAAAGGGGAAAGUAAUUAUCCCAAAAAACAACGUGUGUUUUGUUUGAUAAUUUGAAUUUUAGUUGUCAUAUUAUUGGAGAUCAAA